CCUACCGUUUCACCGACCUCGGUGGAGAGGAUACUUUUGGUAACACAGAAAACAAAACUAAAAAGAAAAAAAGGCCAAAUCGGAGAUGGACAUCAACCAGCUACCGGCGGAGUGCAUUUCUUCCAUUUUGGCCUUCACAUCACCGAAAGAUGCCUGCAGAUCUGCCGUCGCGUCCCCGGCUUUCAGAUCCGCCGCUGAUUCCGACGCUAUUUGGACCACUUUUCUGCCGUCCGAUUACCGACAGAUUAUUUCCCAGGCUUCCUCUUCAUCUACGUCGUCGUUUCUGAAUUCACUGUCCAAAAAGGCUCUCUACUUCCGUCUCUCCGAUCAUUUGCUUUUCAUUGGCUCUGGAAAUUCGAGUUUUGUGUUGGAGAAAGAGAGUGGGAAGAAAUGUUAUAUGAUAGGAGCAAGAGAUCUGGAGAUUGUUUGGGGGAGUUCACCCGCAUAUUGGACUUGGCAAUCCAUUCCUACAUCAAGGUUUCCUGAAGUGGCCGAGUUGCGAGUCGUGUGGUGGCUUGAAAUCAAAGGAAAAAUAGAGGGUAGAAAUUUAAGUCCUAAAACCAAAUAUGCAGCUUACUUUGUGUUCAAGUUUAAGGAAGGCGAUUUCCAGCACGAUGGGUUUGGAACAAAACCUGUUUCAUUAGAAGUUUAUUUUGAAGGGGAGGAGGUUGGAGAAGAUGGAACGAAAAUGGUACUUUUGGACCCUCCCGAAGGAUCUCCUGUAGUUUGUAAAGAAAGAAGUGAUGGAUGGAUGGAGGUUGAAAUGGGUGAAUUCUUCAAUGAGUUAGGAGACGAUGGCAUGGUUAUUUUCCAUUUGAAGCAGAUUGAUGGCAUAAUUAAAGGUGGGUUAAUUGUUGAAGGAAUUGAGAUUAGACCUAAAUAUGAUUAGUAAUAAUAAUUUAAUAUUGGCAUGAGAAACUACUUAAUGUAAUUUUCAUUAUUCUUCUUGCAACUGAAUUACUAAAAAGAGAUUGGAUGAUUAUUUUGUUAAACAAUACAUGAAAAUUUGAGUUUUCGUGAGA